CUCUUAACAGUCUUACUCCAACUCCAAUCCUCAAAACCACUCUCGGAACCCAGAAGACCUUCACUGUUAAACUCGUAAGAACUCAACAAACUCCGCAUAACAGUAAUAAUGGUGUCCUCGCUCAGUACCAACUUACAUCAACCUUCUCUCAGCUUCGGGACGAACCUUUAUUCCGGAUUGAAGCUUCAAUCUCCAAGUGUUCAUGGAAUUGGGCGACCCAAUGUCUCUGCAGAGUUCUUCGGCCGAGUCCAUAAGAGCAUCCAUUCCGGGAUUCAUAAUUCUAAACCGAUUCGAGCUGUUAAAAUGAUGCCUAUAGGCGAACCAAGAGUACCCUAUAGGACACCAGGGGAGGGGACUUGGCAAUGGGUCGAUUUGUGGAACGCCCUUUAUAGAGAACGAGUAAUCUUCAUCGGGCAGGAAAUUGAUGAAGAAUUCAGCAACCAAAUAUUGGGAACAAUGUUGUACCUUGAUAGCGUUGAUGAGUCCAGAAGGAUGUAUUUUUACAUUAAUGGACCCGGCGGAGAUCUUACUCCCAGUUUAGCUAUCUAUGACACUAUGCAGAGCUUGAAGAGUCCUGUUGGUACCCACUGUGUGGGGUUUGCCUAUAAUCUGGCAGGUUUUCUUCUUGCAGCUGGUGAAAAGGGACAACGGUCUGCAAUGCCUCUUUCCAGGAUUGCUCUGCAGUCUCCAGCUGGGGCAGCUCGUGGUCAGGCUGAUGACAUUCGAAAUGAGGCUGAUGAGCUUCUUAGAGUCAAAGACUAUCUUUACAAGGAAUUGGCAAAGAAAACCGGACAACCUUUCGAGAAGAUUGACAAGGACUUGAGCAGAAUGAAACGCUUUGAUUCUCAGGAGGCCCUCGACUAUGGUCUCAUCGACAAGAUAAUUCGGCCACCACGAGUUGACGAGGACACACGUCCCAAAGAUGCAACAGCCGGUCUCGGUUAGUGUAGAAUAUUUAUGAUUCAUGUUUGGCUAUAGCUCUUGUCAUGACUACCGUAUGUUAACCAGCUCCCUUGCACCAUAGUUGUACCAUUGGGAAAAUCAGAUGCAGUUUACUUGUACAAUAAGUUAUCCUGUUCCCGAAGCAAGCGUUAUAAGUUUGAUUUUAGUUUAUUGAACAAUUUUUGGGCUGAGACAGCAAUUAAUUGCAUGGCUGUCGAACUUAUUGUCAUAUUCAAUCAUUUGCAUUUGGUU